CAGCGAAUGGCAGCGAAUCGAAAACGGUCCGAAUGGUGGUACAAAACAUCGGAGGGGCAACAUUUCUGUGGCGGGCGAAGAAACGGCAGACGAUCUUCGAUUGCCAAACCCUGUUGGAUGGUACAGCGUGCGUAUGAUUAUUUUUAGAACCAUAUGAUCCGAUUCGCUCGGCAGCACCGGACACCCGUCAAAUCCUGUUCCUCCUCCCAGCGAAGCAUUUUCAGUGUCAAACUAAGGUGAACGAAAAAUGUCGCCUCCGGCAGCCCCCACUACCAUGCACCAUCAGCCGCCCUACAGAGUGGUGCCAAUUCAUAAGCACCGGGAGCUGAUGGAUCAGUGUAUCGCUCUCAUCAACUCGGAAUGGCCUCGCUCGUACACGGCGCGCCUGUGGAGCCUGGAGUCAUCGAAGGAUACACUGCCGACCAGUUUCGUGCUGACGGCAGGCGACGAGAAACGAUCCGUGGUUCUCGCACACGCGAAAAUGUCCCCAAUUCCUUCCGACCGGGAAGCUGUGUUCGUUGAGAGCGUGGUAGUGGCCCGAGACCAUCGCGGGCAGGGUAUCGGUCGACUGCUGAUGCGAGAGGUCGAAAACCACUGCUUUCAGAAACUGCAGCUAAAAACGAUCUACCUUUGUACCAUUGACCAGCAAGCAUUUUACACUAAACUAGGGUACAAGUGCUGCAAAGCGAUCAACAUUUUCGGGUCAUGCCCCACGUUCAAUAAGAGUACAAAGAAAACGUGGAUGGCCAAAUCUGCACAGUGAAAUCGGGUGGGAGCCACGAUGCGUAACGGGUAUCGGGAACAGAAUGUAUUUAACGCCUUCCAUGCGCCGGGACACCAGUGUGUAACUCCGGUGCAAAAGAAAGUUAUUUAUUGUAGGUGUAAUUGUGGCGGAUGAACGCAUCCCACUGCGGA